GUAGUGUGUAACAUAGAUCUAAGUGAACAAAAACAUCCUGCAAAGUUUGAAAUAUGACAGUGCACCGUAUAUAAAGUUAUUGUCUUUCAAAAGUAAGAGUCGACUCUGAGUCAUUUUUAUGAAUCGUAAGAAGACCGAAGCUUUUUCUCUGACUAGAUGACGUCAACUUGUCAAGUUAUUUGAAUACGACACGCCCACUUAUUGCGCUCCAAGACUCCAGUGAAAACUAGAAAACAUCAUGGCGACGAGACGCUGUGUUCUGAAGUGCGACUCAAAAGCAAAACUUUUUUCAUCUGCCCAAGGAUGAGCAUUUGAAGACUAAGUGGCUACAAUUCAUAUAUACAACUGUACCACAGAAGUAUAGUCCGAGCCUUGUGCUUUGUUCACACCAUUUUUUAGACGAUUGCUUUACCAACUUAAAUGCAAUCAAACUUGGAUUCGCGAGCCGGCUGAUAUUGAAGGAAGGUUCAGUUCCAAGUGUAUUUGCAUCAGCUUCCUCCUCCGUAUCACAACCUAGUACAUCAAAACAGAUUGAAUCACCCAAAAGCUUGUUCGUGGAGGUGGAAUGUCAGACUGAUCCUCCACAAACAAUGUCAGUGGGAACACAGACAGAACUGACAAAGAUGUCUGUUGGCACACAGCUAUCUACUGGUACACUGAGAGAAACACACACUAGGAGCAAAGGAUUACAAGCAACAGUUUCUUUUAAAAUUGUUGACACAGAAACCACUGCAGCUGUUUAUGAUGUACCAUUUUCAUCAACACCUGUAAAGGCUACUGGAUUUCGACCACAUAAAAGACCUAGACUGGACUUGGAGGAGGAAGAAGAAGGGUCAGUCAGAGAACCUCAUGACUCAACCUUUAAUCCAGGCGACUCUACAAUAUCUGAGGAAUCUGAAAUUUCGUUUGUGCAGAGGACAAUCUAUGGUGAUAACAAAUUCAUUGUGUUUGAAACCUGCCUGCGUGAGCUGUUUGCCACAUGCCCGAUAUGUAAACACAAGUGUGACGUAAGUCUACGCCGGAUUGGUACAUAUGUGGCAUUCCUCCAGCUUUGCCCCAAGUGCAGUUACCACAAGCAAUGGGAGAGCCAGCCCACUGUUGGUAGUACGCCCGUCGGAAACCUUCAGUUAUCUGCAGCCACGUAUUUUACCGGAGGAUCAUUCAUCCAAGUGCAAAAGAUUUGCAAGGGCAUGCAAUUACAGAUUUUUACGUAUGAAACAUUCCGGAGACAUUGUAGGAGCUUCCUAGAGCCUGCCAUAAUCCACAAAUGGAAGAGGGACCAACAAAAACUUUUCCAGAAGUUUAGACAGAGUGGAAACAUUGGCCUUGCCGGAGAUAUGCGUGCUGACUCACCUGGACAUUCAGCCAAAUAUGGGAGUUACACGUUGAUGCACACAGAGAGCAGCACUAUUUUGGACAUACAACUUGUUCAGAGUAAUGAAGUCGGCGGUAGUUACCAUAUGGAGAAAGAGGGCCUAAAGAGAUGUCUUGAUCAUCUAGAGUCAAGUGGCUUAACAGUCGACUACAUUGUGACUGACCGUCACACUCAGAUACAGAAAUAUUUGAGAGAACGCAGCAUUAAUCAGUUUUACGAUGUGUGGCAUUUUGAAAAAGGUCUGUCAAAGAAGCUUGAGCAACUAUCAAAAAACAAGGAGUGUGUAGGUUUGAAGAAGUGGCUUCGUAGCAUAAGGAACCAUGUCUACUGGAGUGCUUCAACUUCUACAACGGGACCAGAGAAGGUGGCUAAGUGGUCAUCCAUUGUGAAUCACAUUCAGAAUGUGCAUGUACACGACAGCCCCACCUUCCCAAAGUGUGCCCAUCCAGACCGUGUGUCCAAGAAUGCUGCGAAAUGGUUUAAUCCAGCAUCGCUGGAACUCCACAAAGUUGAGAAGGUUCUCUGCAACAAGAGGGUUCUCAGAGAUGUGGCAAAGUUAAGUCACCACUUUCAGACAUCAUCGCUGGAGGCUUUCCACAGCUUGAUACUGAAGUUUACACCCAAAAAUGUAGUGUUUCCUUUCAUGGGAAUGUUGUGCAGAUUGUUCCUUGCAGUUCUACACCAUAACGAGAACAUUGGUCGAGAACAAGCAACAACUGCAACAGGGAAACCAGUGUUCAAAGUGGUUUUUCCCAAGUCUAAGAAGGGAGAACCCAUUGCAAGGCCAUUGAAAACAGAGCCUACAUACAAUUACGUUGAUGACCUAAUGAAGCUCGUCUUCGAGGAGGUUAUAGUAGACCCUGCACCUUUUGUUGAGGAGCUACAGGCAAUUCCUGUUCCCAUGGCCAUUUCUGCCGAGCUCGAGAGACCCUCGAAGGAGGAAACAAUUGCUCGCCAUGUAUCCCGGUUCAGUCGAGAGGUGGCCGAAAGCCAACAUAGCAACCAGCCAGAUCUGGAAACUCCUGGCGUAUCCGGGAUACAACACAGGAAGGAAUGACCACUCUGACAUGUCGGCCUAAGAAGCCCCAGCACCAGCUAACAAAGCUCCGAUAUGCCAAAUGUCGGAAUUGCCUAUUUUUCAAAGAGAAGACAUUCUUACUAAAUUUCUAUUUGUAAAUAAAAAUAUAUCUUUUUACAUAUAAA